GACAUCAGCUUCCCAUACGAUCAAGCAGGAAGAUAGGAAAAGAACGAAGAUGCGAGGGAGUGUCCUAAUGUUGAUAUUGCCGAUGACAGUGGCGAUGCUCCAGGAAUGCCCAGAACAGCAACCCGCUCCCCAGUCAGGCAUAGUGACAAGACCAUAUCCUGGAAUCCUGAUCAACAACGUCCAGUGGGUCCAUGUACCAGUCCUGGUGAACCUGACAGCGUGGUCUCCAGAUAUUGAUGAGCUGUGCAAAGGAGAGAGUGUGGCUGACAUCUACAAGGACCUAUUGACAACGGCGUUUCUGAAGUACCAUGGUGCGGUGGCAACCAGGUCAUCAAUGGAAAAACAGGCAGAGGGGCCCCAAACUCCACAUUCAACGGGAACCCCAGUAGGGCGGAAAUUAUUGGGGUUCAUGGACAGUGCACUUAGCGCAACUGGAGCUGGGUUGGGAGUGUCUAACUGGAUGGACAGUCAACUUUUAAGGAAGAAUGAGGGAAAAUUGAAGGAAUUAAUUGGUUCACAAGUUCUCCAAACAGAUGCGUACUUGCAGGAAGGACUGAUGGAGGAGAAGACGACGGUAAACAACAUCCAUACCAUUGCAACUGCACUAUCAAUUAUCACUCAGAAGACCAGGAAAGCUUUUAACCGCAUGCAAAAAGAACUAUACUGUGCACAAUUUUCAUCCAUUAGGCAACAAGAGAUUUCACAUAUUCUACAAGAAGUGUUAGCAGGGAGAAUGCCAUCAACGCUUUUUACAGAGGAAGUAAUCAUGAAAUGGUUUGGCCUGAAAAAUUGUUUCAAAACAAAGGUGGACAACUUAAAGACCUUCCUGAACAAUGUGGGAAGAUGCAAAUUGCCCAUCCCUUACAGCUACCUUCUACAAAUGAGCAAAGUUUCUUCGCAUCCUCUUCCUGCAGGAUUUUACAGCCCUCUCGACUAUGGCCCCUUGAUGGAAGGAAUUCAUUUACCUUUCUCUCCCCAAGGGGGGAAACCUUCCAAAUCCACUGAAAGGAUCCCACCAAUGCAGAUCCUGAAAUGGUGGAACGAAACUGUUUUUAACAACAUACAUGAUAAAUCAUGGGCCUGUUCUGCGGGGAAUAGUCUUAAUCAGUUUGGGUGUCACAUGAGACAGAUGUAUGCAAUGACCUUGACAGUUUCCAUACCCAUUUUUCAGCCAGAACAAGUGUUUAAGAAAAUCGUUCAGGUAGAUAACAUAGGAGUGUUGCAGGACAAUGUUCUUAAAGAAAGGAAAGACCUACCCAGGCUUAUCGCGCAACUGAAAUCAGGGGAAUGGAGAGCUUUGAAUACUGCUGGACAAUUUACUUAUGUCCUUGAUGCAGAGAAAGGAUAG